AUGAAAAAGUUUUUGGAGGGUCUACUACAAGCUUCUUUUACUACUUUUGAGAAGAAAAUCAGUAAGCAGUUCUCGGAUAUAGUUGACAAGUUUGAGAAAGUGGUAACCGACAGACUGACGAAAAUUGAAACUAAGGUUACACAGCUCACGACAGCUUCGGGUAGAACAGAGCAGUUUGAGACAGAUGUAACUGGCAGAUUGGUGAAGAUUCAGAGUGAAGUUACACAGAUGAGGACAUCUUUACUGAUUACUGAAUUGGCGGGGAAGAGUGAUCAACCAAGCGGUCCUAACAAGAUAAAAAUCGACACUAUAUCUACCACGAGCAAAAAAGACACAGCUCCAUCCAAGAAAAAGAAUCUUUCACAAGACACAUUUGUUGAAGACUUGGAUACAUCUAAGCCUACAAUCGAAGAUUCAUUGGAUUGGUUGGAACUUCCACCAUCAUUGAAGAUUGGUCCUUCAAUAUUAGACGAAGAAUUAGCCAGACGUGUUAUGUCUGUAAGCACAUGGCUUCAAAACUAUGAAAUCGAUGCUUUAAUGUACAUAUUCCGGGAACGAACAACACUGCGACGAUGUAAAGUGGAUCGUGUUGCUUUCAUGACAUGCGUUUUCAGCGACCUCAUAGCUAAUGAUUACAAGAAUUUCAAUCAGGGUAUUAAGCAGUACAAUAUGAAUCCUUUAUUACUCGAAUACGGUAAAGGUGAACUGCCUUCUCAUGGAAGAACACAUAAGUUGUGGAAUGUCGACGUAGAUAGAAUGUACGUACCUGUUUGGGUCAAUGGCAACUAUUGGAUCGCUUUAUGCAUCAGUUUUGUGACUAGGAAUAUCCAAGUGUUUGAUUGUUCGGGUAAAAAAAGAAUCAAAGAAGUGGAAGCUUUCACGCAUCUUAUUCCUCGGAUUGUUAAGGCUGUUCAAUCAUUAACAGUACAGAAGCAUCUCACAGUCUCUCCGUACACUGUUUCCUAUGUACCUAUGAGUGGACUUAACCGAUGA